AUGUUGCAGGCAAGCACACCAGACCGCAGCCCUCCUCCGAUUGCUAUCGUGGGAAUGGCAUGCAGAUUACCCGGUGGCGUCAACUCACCCGAAGAAUUAUAUAGAUUUCUGCUCGAGAAGAAAGACGGCCUAUGCGAAGUACCAAGCACCCGGUAUACAAUCGACUCGUUCUACAAUGCUAGCAGCCGCGGCGCCAUUAAAACCCGCCAUGGAUACUUCCUGCAGGAGGAUCCGAUGCUAUUUGAUGCACCGUUCUUCUCAAUUACUGAUUACGAGGCCGAGCGCAUGGAUCCCCAGCAGCGACAGCUUCUUGAGGUUGUAUGGGAAUGCCUGGAAAGCGCAGGUGAAACCAAUUGGAAGGGAAAGAACAUCGGCUGCUAUGUUGGAGUGUACGGCGAGGACUGGCUCGAUCUCGCGAGUAAAGACCCCCAAGCCACGAGUCGCUACCAUGUCCUUGGAACGGGGCAGUUUGCUUUGGCAAAUCGACUUUCCUAUGAAUAUGAUUUUCAGGGCCCGAGCAUGACCCUGCAGACAGGGUGUUCGGCGUCGAUGAUAGGAUUGCACGAAGCCUGUCAAUCAAUCUACUCUGGAGACAGUUGUGCAGCUAUUGUUGCAGGAACAAAUCUUAUACUUGCACCUACAAUGACGGUCACAAUGUCGGAUAAUGGUGUUUUGUCUCCAACUGGGACAUGCAAAACCUUUGACGCAAAGGCCGAUGGCUAUGGCCGCGCUGAAGCAGUCAAUGUACUUUAUAUCAAGGCGCUCCAAGAUGCUAUACGAGAUAAGAACCCCAUCCGAGCUAUUAUCCGCGCAACGACCACCAAUUCGGAUGGGAAAACGCCUAGUAUUACCACUCCCGGAUCGAAGUCGCAAGAAGUACUGGUCAGAAGGGCAUAUGAAAAAGCGGGUAUUGAAGACAUAGGCCAGACGGGCUUCUUUGAAUGCCACGGAACCGGAACUGUAGCCGGAGAUACCGUCGAAACUUCGGCUGUCGCGAAACUCUUCAAGGGUAAGGGGACAAUCCCCCCAAAUGUAUUCUUUGAUACACCCAAUCCCGACAUCCCUUUCAAAGAAGAAAGGCUUCAUGUGCCCCUUGAGCCUAUGGCUUGGCCUGAGGGACGCAGCUACCGGGUCAGUGUGAACUCUUUCGGUAUUGGCGGCGCCAAUGGCCACGUUAUCCUCGAUUCCAGCUCCAGUUUCCACGGAAAAGUUACAUCCCCGCCGGAAGGGUCUCUGGACGAGAACUCUCGUCUUCUUGUUGUAUCUGCGGGAAGCGCAGAGAGCCUGCAGAAGCGGAUUGAACAGAUUAUAGAGCACGCUAAUUCAAAUCCGUCUAUACUUCAUGAUCUGGCUUAUACGCUUGGCUCUCGACGAGAACAUCUAUCGCAUCGGGCAUUUACAGUGGCCCAGCAAAAUGAACCAAUAUCUUCAUCGAAUUUCCAGAGCGCGGUGGGUGUUACUCCGGAGUUGGUUUGGGUAUUUACAGGCCAGGGAGCCCAAUGGGCUGGAAUGGGGAGGGAUUUGAUUAGGGCCUUCCCCAUUGCCAGUGACUGCAUCAGGCAGCUUACGAAGACGCUUCAGCAGCUACCUGAUGGGCCCAGCUGGUUGUUACAAGGUGACUUGCCCGUCUCCCUACCCCAUAAGGAAUUGAGCAAAGAGGGCAGGGGAAGUCGAGUCAAUGCAGCCGAGUUCUCGCAGCCUCUCUGCACCGCUCUUCAGAUUGCGCUGAUUGAUGUACUACAUAGCUGGGGAAUCAGGCCAUCCUCCGUUGUCGGUCACUCGAGCGGGGAGAUCGCAGCAGCGUAUGCUGCUGGUGCCAUCACCGCCCAAUCGGCCAUCAUCAUUGCCUACUAUCGAGGCUUAGCCGCCAAAAGACAGGAUGGUACUGGCGCCAUGGCGGCCGUCGGUCUCAGCGCUGAGGACGUUCAACCCUAUCUGCAAGACGGAGUGGUUAUUGCGUGCCAUAACAGCCCUUGUAGCGUCACGCUAUCUGGAGACCCGCCUGCCAUGGAUACCGUCGUCAAUCGAAUCAAGUCAGAGUUUCCAGACGUUCUAUGUAGACGCCUUAAGGUUUCAAUUGCCUAUCACUCCCAUCAUAUGCAUGAACUGGGGCAAAACUACGAAGCGAGCAUCGCGCCAUACAUUCAGGUCACGGACCAAAUGCUGCCGCUGUAUUCCAGCGUCAGAGCAGCGUGCAUCACGCAACCUUCAGAGCUCAAUGCGACUUACUGGCGGUCUAAUUUACAAUCGCCUGUGCUCUUUGUUGAUGCUGUCCGAGGAGUUCUAGCAGCCUCUAGCCCCGUGGGCCGAGCUUUCCUCGAGAUUGGACCUCACUCCGCGUUAUCGGCGCCCCUCCGCCAAACAUUCCACUCCGAGGGAGCUAAACCAAAAUUUGUAUAUAUAUCAACACUGAUCCGUAAUGCUGGGGAGACACGGGAUCAGUUAUUGAAUACUGCUGGAUCACUGCAUGUGAACGGGGUCUCAGUCAACCUGCAAGAGAUUAAUGGGGAAGGACUCACCUUGAGCAACCUGCCCUUGUACCCCUGGCAGCACACCACCAGAUACCUACAAGAGAGCCGAUUGACUCGCAAGUGGAGAUUUCGAGACCAUCCGCACCAUGAACUGCUCGGCGAUCGUGUUGUGGAGUCGUCGGAUUGGGAACCUUCCUGGAGAAAUAUUCUACGCUUGAAGGAUGUACCCUGGAUCGAAGAACAUAUACUUCAGGGAAAUAUUAUUUUUCCAGCCACUGGCUAUAUUGCGAUGAUUGGGGAAGCCAUUAGCCAGCUAGAUACGAGUCAGGACGGUUACUCCAUCCGCGAUUUGAUCAUCAAAACGCCUUUGUUAUUGAGGGAUUCGGACGAGGUUGAGAUCCUCACAACUCUGAAACAGGCACGCAUCUCCGAUAUCACUGACUCUGAAUGGUAUACGUUUUCCAUCAUGUCACACGACAGUACGGAUGACAGCUGGAUCAAACAUUGCCAUGGAAGGGUCAGAGCCGGGGUUGAACACGCACCUAAAUUUCGCGAGAUCAAGCCGUAUGCCCGAUCGGUGGAUGUCAACAGAUGCUAUAGGAGGCUUGAACGGUUUGGCUUUGCUUACGGUAACGUUUUCCGGGGGCUUCGAAGCAUCUCUAUCCACCCGACCGAGCAUAGGGCGUCGGGAACAGUGGCCGACAUGGGCGAUAAACGCUCCAGAUAUACUCUGCACCCAGCCACAAUGGACAGUCACCUGCAGAUGUUCAAUGUACUCACAGAAAGAGACCAGGAUGCAUCAAUGGGAGCUAUCAUUCCAGCAGCCAUGGGUGAGGUUUACGUGAGAGGAAGCGCAGCCCAGAUCAGCUUCGAAGGUGGAUUAUCCAAAACGAGCUCGGGUCAAUCUCUGGGAGACAUCGUUGGCACGGCCGGGGACCAAAUACUUUUCUCCGUCUCCGGCCUCUUCGGGUUCCCACUCAGCCUCCCCCAGAACUGCAAGGCGUCGCAACAGCUAUGCUCCCAAAUCAGAUGGAUGCCAGAUAUUGAUAUGGUCCCUCCAAAUGCCAUGCUUCGUGGCGAUCAGGGUUUAGAACGGAAUCAGCUGUGGCAGGAUGCCAGUCGACUAUGUGAAGUGUACAUCAUGGAAACUUAUGACCGUUUAAAGGAUGUUACAGCUGUGAGCGAUCACCUGCGCAGAUGGCAACAAUGGAUCACUACCGAGGCCAUCAGGCUGCGUCAACGAGAUAAUUCUGCUCAGCCCAAGUCACAGGUAGGGGACAGUAUGGGGUCGCGGCAGGAGACGAUAUCACGAAUCUUGUUAGACCAUGCGAACAGAAGAGGCACCCACCCAAUUUUAUUCGAAUGCAUCGGCCAGAUCAUGGAAAAUUGUGAUCGCAUUGUCCUUGGGCAGGUUUCGGCACUCGAUGUGCUCGAGAUAGAGGGCAGACUCGAGAGAUACAAUGAAUGGUUGCAAUCACAAUGUGAUUGGAGCUAUUUUUUGUCACUAUUGGGACAUUCAAACCCGACUAUCCGCGUGCUAGAGAUCGGAUCUGGGACUGGGGCUUCAACAAUAGCCGUGCUGCAACACCUUCGCUCUCCUGAAGGUGUACGGCAUUAUUCUCAGUACACUGUGACAGAGGCACGUGAAGCAUCCCUCAAAGCUGUUCAGAAGAACUUGCAGCACAACGAAGACUUGACCUAUACGUUGCUCGAUAUCUCAGUCGACCCUGAAGCGCAAGGGUUCGAUCUGCAUAGCUAUGACUUGAUUAUUGCUUCCAAUUUGCACACGGCGCCGCGACUCGGAACAGCCCUACAACAUAUACGCCAGCUGCUAGCCCCGAACGGUCGGUUAUUACUUCAUGAGCUUUGCCCUGGAACUUUGAUCACCGAAUACUUAAUGGGGUCUCUCACGCAAUGGUCGUCAGCGAAAGACUUCAGGGUAAAUGACAAGCCGUAUAUAUCGCGGGACAGAUGGGAUACUGAACUACGCAAUGCCGGCUUCAUUGGCAUAGAAGGGAUGGCCUACGACGUGGCGCCCCCACACCAAACCUACUUGACCAUGCUCUCUCGAGUGCCUUUUUCACAGCCCGAGGCUGAGAAGUACAGCGCAGUGACUCUCCUAACAAUGGGCUCUCCCGGACCAUGGGCGAACGAAGUGGCAUCUUGUUUUCGCGAGGGGGGUUGCGUCGUAAACUGGACAACGCUUCAAGACACUCCCCGAGAAAACCAUUGGAUCAUCUCCCUUCUAGACCUGAAUGGCCCAUAUCUGAAUGACUUCUCUGAGGAGCGCUAUCGCUCUCUGCAAUCAUUUUUGCUGGAAACUGACAAAUCCCACAUGAUCUGGGUGACAAGCAGCUCGCAGAUGGACUGUGCCGACCCUCGGUUCGGGCUGAUCCUCGGGCUGACGCGUGCUCUCCGACAUGAGAUGCCCGGCAGUAUCUCUCUCUUCGAGACUGAUUGUUAUACGCAGCAGGCGGCUGGAGCUCUGUUUAAGGUGUUUGAGAAGCUGCAGCGCGUUCGACGUUGCUCAGAGGCAGCAGUGACUGAGUCCGAAUAUUCCUUCUUUCAGGGGGUGACACACGUCAGCAGAUGCCAUUGGAUGCAUACGGCACAGAUUUCACCGCGGCCAGAGACACAGUGCCCGCGCAAGCUGGAUGUCGGUUCGUUUGGCCUGAUAGAUACAACACAGUGGGUGGCAAUAGCCGGUCACCGAGAAGAUUUGGAGAAAGGCCAAAUUGAGGUCGAUGUGCAUUACGUCGGCUUGAACUUCAGGGACGUAUUAGUGGGGAUGGGCGUCUUCGGAAGAGCCGACGAGCUCGGUCUCGAGGGAACUGGGGUCGUCCACCGCGUCGCAUCCGACGUGAAGGAUCUGCAGCCAGGCGACCGAGUCAUGAUAUUAGGUGGUGGGCUGUUUCGUACUCGCGUAGUCCUGUCCGCCACUUUCUGCCGGAAGAUCCCAGCAGACUUGGCCCUGGAUGAUGCAGCGACCAUGGGGUCCGUUUAUAUGACCGCUUGGUAUUGCUUGUGUCACCUUGGGCGCCUGCAAAAUGGCGAUUCUGUAUUGAUUCAUUCGGCCUGCGGUGGACUGGGCCUCGCGGCAAUCCAGGUUUGUCGGACGGUAGGUGCAGAGAUUUUCGCAACGGUGGGAAAUGAGGAUAAGGCUAUGUAUUUGAUCGAAGAGUUUGGCAUUCCGCGGAAUCACAUCUUCAGCUCCCGAAACAGUGACUUCCUCCCGAGUCUGAUGGAGGAGACUCAGGGCCGUGGGGUGGACAUCGUGCUCAACUCGCUGUCCGGGAAGCUGCUGCACACUUCGUGGGAAUGUGUGGCACCUUUCGGUCGGUUCAUUGAGGUUGGGAAACGGGACUUUCUGGCCAACGGCCAGUUGGCCAUGGCCCCGUUUAUUGAGAAUCGGUCCUAUAUCGGAUUCGACCUCUUUCAGAUGGGCAAGCAGAACCCCCGAGCUCAUGAACGGCUGCUGCAACAGUUUCAAGACUGGUACGAUGGUGGCCACAUUAAGCCCAUCCGACCCGUCACCAUCUAUGAGGCGGCCAAGGUGACCGACGCCUUCCGGUAUAUGCAGCAGGGCAGCCACAUGGGUAAGAUCUUAAUCCGAAUGCCCUCUGAUCCGAUGGAGUUGGCCCCAACUUCCCAGCCUCCGGUAAGCUUCUCGCCCAACAAGUCGUAUCUUCUCGUGGGUGGCCUGGGAGGUGUAGGCCGUUCCGUAGCCCUGUGGAUGGUGCAGCGUGGUGCACGACAUCUAGUUAUUCUGUCUCGCUCUGCUGGACAGUCCGAUAGCGAUCGGGAUUUUAUUCUCGACUUAGAAGAGCAGGGCUGUCAUGUCAUCUGCGUGGCAGGGAGUGUGGCCACCGCUGCCGAUGUUGAGUCGGCGAUCGCCAGAUGUCCCCGACCACUGGCAGGGAUUCUUCAAAUGUCUGCCGUUCUACGAGAUCAGAGUUUCGCGAAAAUGACGUAUGAUGAGUGGUCCACCUGCCUUGCCACGAAGGUCCGAGGCACAUGGAAUCUUCAUCACGCGGCUUCGGAUCAGCUGCUCGACUUCUUCAUCGUCUUCAGCUCCAUCGCUGGAAUCUGUGGAAAUCACGGCCAGGCCAACUAUGCCGCCGCCAACACAUUCCUUGACAGCUUUACGCGCUACCGCCGCCGACUGGGGCUCCCUUCGGCCACACUUGCUCUCGGGGCCGUGGAGGACUGUGGUCUCGUCAGCCGUGAUGCAAAGGUGUUACAGGCAAUGCAGGCAGCUUCCGUGCGGCUUGUCAGGGAGGACGAGCUCCUAGAAGGUGUAGAGCUGGCUAUCCGCCAGUCCAAUGCCCCUUUCUCUCCUCCUCAUCCUGCACCUACUGCCUCCCCAUCAACGUCUAUUGGUCAAGGGAUAACGUCAGACGCUUGUAUCAUCGGCCUCGGAAACACCCGCUCUAUCAGCGACCCUACUGUCCGGACAGUAUGGCCGUCUGCCGACCCACGAUUCUCCCUCUACACUAAUAUCGAGGUGAAGGACGGACAGAGAACGACGGUCGGUGGCGCGGCCUUCAAGGAGCUCCUGCGGAGGGUCGACCAGAACCCGACCAUGCUGAAUGAUUCCGACGUAGCGAACAAUUUGUCCCACGAGCUGAGCAAGCACCUGGCGCGGCAUAUGCCGCGGGCAGCUGAGAUGUCCGCGGAGGAGGUUGCAGAGAUGCCGAUUGACUCCCUCAUGGCGGUGGAGAUUCAGCGCGGGUUGCGGGGGGAUCUCAAUUGGGAUAUUAGUAUGGUAGAGAUUGCGAAAAUUGGGAAGAUAGGGCGGUUGGCGGAGGCGGCGAUUCAGCAUUUGAAGAAGAAGUAUGGGCUUGUGAGGGAGGGGGAGUAGUGAGGGGGAAGUGCUUUUCUUUACUACUGGGAUGCUAGUGGCCGGCUGCUCCUACUUGGAUUAGACGACUGACUAUUGGGGCUAGAUAUAUUAUUCAUUCAUUAGUUGCAGAGAGACCUAGAUUGAAC